AUGUCCAAUGAAACUAGUCCUAAGGCAGACGCCCAACACGGCGAUGAGAUAACCGAAUCCGAACCGAAAACAGGUAGUACCGAUAUCAAGGCGGGUAGUACCGAACCGAAAACCGGUAGUACCGAACCGAAAAGCGGUAGUACCGAACCGAAAACCGGUAGUACCGAUAUCAAGGCGGGUAAUACCGAAACGAAGGAGCCAAAAGACAAACGAACGGUGUCAUUUAAUAGAGACGUACACGUUAAGCGAUUUGGUGAGUUCCUUUUAGUUGUUGAGACUGUGUCUAACUCAGACUAA